GAAAUAAAAAUUCCCGCUGUUUUGUACAAGUUAGAGCGAAAUAAAUUAAUUUGUGUACUUAGGUGCAAAUAAAAUAUUGUGUUUUUGUUUUGUUUUUGUACAUUUAAAGUGUUAGAAAUCAUAUUAUUUGAAAUGAUUAGAAGACAGUAUUCGGGACCUGGAGCUGCGAAAAAGGCCAAAUUUAGCCAGAAUGACGAUGAAGAUGAUUACCCUGGUUCAUUUGAAGCCGAAUUGGCUACUAUGGAUGAUAUGGAUGAUCAAUGUAAUGAUUUGACACAAAUUAUUGGCGAACCUAUUGACAACUGCGAAAUGACGAAUGAAAAGCCAAAAGCAGGUCCAGAACAAGAAAAUAUAUCUGCAAAAUGGAGUAGACCGUCUCCACCAGAUUUAAAUCCACAAAUUGAUACAUUAACAUUUCAACAGAUAGAUAUUGAUCAUUAUAUAGGUCAGCCAUUACCAGGAAUGCCAGGUAGUAAAUUUGGCCCUGUUGCAAUCAUGAGAAUGUUUGGUGUUACUGAACAAGGAAAUUCUAUUUGCUGUCAUGUUCAUGGAUUUUGUCCAUACCUGUUUGUUACAGCACCACAGAACUUCACAAAUGCUCAUUGUAAACCUUUUAAGGAUGCACUCGAUCAAGCUGUUAAGAAAGAUAUGAAAUCAAAUCAAAAUACCGUUCAAGAAGCUAUUUUAGCUGUUGAAAUUGUAUAUAAACAAACGGUAUAUACAUAUACAGGAAAUGACAAAAAUGCAUUUUUGAAAAUUACUGUUGCACUUCCAAAAUUAAUAGCACCUUGUAAAAGAUUACUCGAAAAAGAAAUUGUUUAUAACGAAUUUAAUCAUACUUAUACACCCUUUGAAACGAAUAUUGAUUUUGAUAUUAGAUUUAUGGUAGACACAUCAGUAGUAGGUUGUUGUUGGAUUGAAUUACCACCAAACACAUGGAAAUUAAGAGGUCAAUAUGGACAUACAUUGCCAGUAAUAUCUAGAUGCCAGUUAGAAGUAGAUAUUGCAUGGGAUGCUUUUAUAGCUCAUCCAGCGGAAGGUGAAUGGUCUAAAGUUGCGCCAUUUAGAAUACUUAGUUUUGAUAUUGAAUGUGCAGGACGAAAAGGUAUAUUUCCUGAACCUAAUCAUGAUCCUGUCAUACAAAUUGCAAAUAUGGUAAUAAGACAGGGAGAAACAGAACCAUUUCUACGAAAUAUAUUUACUCUUAAUACAUGUGCACCUAUUGUUGGUUGCCAAGUACUUAGUUUUAACAAAGAACAAGAACUUUUGCAGAAAUGGGCUGAAUUUAUACGACAGUUGGACCCUGAUAUUUUUACAGGAUACAAUAUUAAUAAUUUUGAUUUUCCAUAUUUAAUUAAUCGCGCGAAAUUUCUCAAUGUGAAAGACUUUGAGUAUCUUGGUAGAAUCAAAAAUAUAAAGUCUGUAAUUAAAGAUCAGAUAUUGCAAAGUAAGCAAAUGGGACGGCGUGAAUACAAAAUUAUAAACUUUGAAGGCAGAGUACCAUUUGACUUACUUUUGGUAUUAAUUAGAGAUUAUAAAUUGAGGUCCUAUUCUUUGAAUGCCGUUUCUUAUCAUUUUUUGCAAGAGCAAAAAGAAGAUGUGCAUCAUAGUAUUAUCACUGAUUUGCAAAAUGGUAAUGCACAGACUCGAAGACGUCUUGCUGUGUAUUGUUUGAAAGAUGCAUAUUUACCAUUGAGAUUAUUAGAUAAAUUAAUGUGUAUAAUUAUUUAUAUGGAAAUGGCAAGAGUUACUGGUGUAUCUUUAAUGAGUUUAUUAACUCGAGGGCAACAAAUUAAAGUUGUUUCUCAACUUUUAAGAAAGAUGCGAGAAAAAAAUUAUUUAAUGCCAGUACACACAGGACGUGGAUCAGAUGAACAGUUUGAAGGAGGUACUGUUAUAGAGCCGAAACGUGGCUAUUAUAGUGAUCCUAUAGCUACAUUAGAUUUCAGUUCCCUGUAUCCCAGUAUUAUUAUGGCUCAUAAUCUAUGUUAUACAACUUUAUUAACGCCUGAGAAACAGAAUAAAUAUGAUUUAAAAAUUGACGAAGUUACGCGUACUCCAAGCAAUUCAUUAUUUGUUAAAUCUACUGUUAGAAAAGGGUUGCUUCCUGAAAUUUUAGAAAAUCUUUUGACAGCUAGAAAAGUUGCUAAAGCUGAAUUAAAAAAGGAAACAGAUCCGCUUAAACAAAAAGUUUUAGAUGGCAGACAGUAUGCUUUGAAGGUAUCAGCAAAUUCUGUGUAUGGAUUCACAGGUGCACAGAUGGGAAAGUUACCGUGUUUAGAAAUUUCUGCUAGUGUUACUGCUUAUGGACGCACUAUGAUAGAAAAAACGAAACACGAAGUUGAGCAACAUUACUGUAUCAACAAUGGUUACAAAAACGAUGCUGUUGUUAUUUAUGGUGAUACAGAUUCUGUUAUGGUUAACUUUGGCGUGAAAAAGAUAGAAGAAGCCAUGGAACUAGGUAAAGAAGCUGCAGAGUAUGUUACAUCAAAAUUUAUUAAACCCAUCAAAUUGGAAUUUGAAAAGGUCUACUUUCCUUAUCUUUUAAUAAACAAAAAAAGAUACGCGGGUCUUUACUUUACAAAGCCUGAUAAAUAUGAUAAAAUGGAUUGUAAAGGAUUAGAAACAGUGAGAAGAGAUAAUUGUCCUUUAGUAGCAAAGAUGAUGAAUACUUGUUUGCAAAAAUUACUUAUUGAUAGGAAUCCUGAAGAUGCUAUUGAUUAUGCAAAACAAAUAAUAAGCGAUCUUUUGUGUAAUCGUAUUGACAUUUCACAAUUGGUUAUAACAAAAGAGCUAACAAAGACUGAUUAUGCUGCUAAACAGGCGCACGUCGAAUUAGCAGCCAAGAUGAAAAAGCGUGAUGCAGGAACUGCACCAAAACUUGGUGAUCGUGUUCCAUAUGUAUUUAUAAGUGCCUCUAAGGGUACUCCAGCUUAUCAGAAAGCUGAGGAUCCUAUAUUUGUAUUAGAAAAUAGUAUUCCCAUUGAUACAACAUAUUAUUUAGAAAAUCAAUUAUCAAAACCAUUAGUACGUAUUUUUGAACCAAUUCUUGGUGAAAAAGCACAAUCGUUACUUUUAAAAGGAGAUCAUACUCGUACAAAAAUUGUUGUUACUUCUAAAGUCGGUGCAUUGGCAGCAUUCACACGUAAGAAAGAAACGUGUAUUGGCUGUAAAGCCGUUUUGCAACCAAAAAGAGAAAAAAUGGCUGUGUGUGAGCAUUGUGAAUCACGUGAAGCAGAAAUAUAUCAGACUGAAAUAUUGGCCGAAAGGAAAUUGGAGGAAAAGUUUUGUAGACUAUGGACAGAGUGUCAAAGAUGCCAAGGAAGCUUACAUCAAGAAGUUUUGUGCACUAGUCGUGACUGUCCUAUAUUCUACAUGAGGAAAAAAAUCCAAUUAGAGUUGGAUACUCAAAUAAAAAGGAUCGAAAGAUUUGGAAUUCCAGAGUGGUAAAAAAGAUUUGAUGGAACACUUAAAGUUCAUAUUUAGGUAUGAGUAUUUUCUUAAAUUUACUGUUAUUCUAUAAUGGAUAUAUAAUCUAUAAUCCAUGUUAAUUUCGUUUUAUGUACAAUGAUAUAAUUUAUUUAUUAAUAGAUUACUUAUUUGAACAUUA